CUGAUAUUCUGAUUCUUUUGGUCUGGGGUGAGGAUCACGCAAAUGUAGUUUUAAAAGAUUCCUCCUAGACUGGAUCCACGGUUAAGAACCACCAACCAACAGUUCCUGGGUUCUUCUCUUUUGAGACUGCUCCAAGGGCUGGUGGGAAUCGUGCCUCCAGUAUCAUUAUCUUGAAUGUGCAGUGGUGCUUCAUGGGAAUUAUAGUCCAUCUCUUCCAGGAAUCCAUGGGAAUCAUAGUGUGGUUCUGCCCUCUUACCAUUCUCCCAUUCACCCCACCCACAUACAGCCUCCCAGCAGGGCUGCAGUGACCAUGCUCUGCCUGCCAACCGCCCUCUCCCCUUGCAGCUUGCCAGUUUUCUCCACCCAAGACAGUACCUUUUGGGGACGGCCCCCUGGGUCGAAGCCACUACUGACCUGGCACUCCAAGACCCUGAGCUCAUCCAGGUCCCAGAGAUCCAGGCUCCCAGAAGCUCCCAGGGCUCUGGCCACAGGUCCCGAAUCCCCUGAGCUGUUUGAGGAGUCCUGGCCAUCCAGCUCAGGGACCCCUUCCCCACCCAGCACCACUGAGGGACAGAUGGGAGCCUCUCCACCACCCACCGUGACUGACUGCGGGGACUCUGUGGUGGCCAAGUACAUAAACCGGUUCCGACAGGCUCAGCCCACAAGCCGAGAGGAACGCAAGUCUGCAGGCCCAACCCCAGCUGACUUUUGGUGGCUGUGGCCUGAAUCACCAGACGCCAGCAGUCAACUUGCAGCAGGAGCCAAUGAACCAGAAGGAAGACCCAACACAGCAGUCCCGACUCGUGCCAAGGUGGCCAGUGCAUCACAGACUAUGGCCCCCCUUCAGGAAAUAAAGCAGAGCCUCAACACGUGGAACUCAUCCCUGUUGGACUUGGAGACACUGAGCCUGCAAAGCAGAGCUGCCAGGCUGCUCAAACGCAGCAAGGCCUCCAUCUCUUCCUCCUCCUCCCUCAGCCUCAGCGAUGCCGGCAUCUCCUCAUUCCCCGUCAGCUCUGGUGGCCUCUCUCCCUUCUCCAUGACCUUCACUCCUGACUCCAGCAAGGGCUCUGACCCCAAGGCACAAGCAACCCCAGCACCUGCCCCCAUCCCUACUCCAUCCCCAGUCUCCUCCCGGGCACCCCUGCGGCCAGAGGAUGACAUUCUGUACCAGUGGCGGCAGCGGCGGAAGCUUGAACAGGCUCGAGGAAGCCAGGGUGAUGGAACCUGGGUGCUGCCCCAGACCCCUGCCCUCACCCCUACGGUCCCUAUCCCCAUCUGUCUACAGACCUCUCCUGCCCCUGCAGAGACCCUUGGUUCCCUGGGAACCCAGCCUAACUGCAUCCCACUUUGGGGCAGUGUGGCUCCAUCUGGUCCCCGGGAAGCCUUCCGCUUGGAGAGGCCUCCUAUUCCCCCAGGGUUCUCUCCACAUAUCUUUUGGGGCCCCAGUCCCCAUGGAUUCUUCUGGGCCCCGCAGCCCGGUCCCUGCGUAUCUCUUGGGGCCAUCCCUCCCACGGCCGCGGCCUCCACCCCAGCGCCCCCAGCCUCCACUCCUGCGCCUCCAGCCUCAACCACUGCGCCCUCUGCCUCCACUCCCGCGCCCCCUGCCGCCCCCCAGGGCCCGCCCACCCCUGCACCAUGCAGCCCAGGCGAGCUCGAGAGGCAGAGCUCCAAGCCUCGAAGAAGCAGAGCCCAACGCCAGGAGUCUGCUGGGCGAAUCACGGCAGCGGACGAGGGCCCUGGCCCGCAGCUCAGAGGCGCGCUGGGCCAAGUAGUGGCGGCUCGGCUGUUUCCAGACAGCCUGGAGGACACGCCCCCUCGCCAAGAGGGCCCGCCUCCACCCAAGGCUGAAUCUCAGAAAGUCAAGGCCACACGCCCUCAAACCGAGACUCUGUGCCCUCGUUCAGAGGUCACGGCCCCUCCAUCUGAAUCACGGUGUCCCCAGGCAGAGACCCCGCAGGGUCGGUCUAAGGCCGAGUCUCGGAACGCCAAGGCCAUGCUCCCCCUAGUGGGAUCGGUGCCUAGGAAGAACAAAGACACUUUCUUGGCUGAAGUCGGGUGUAAGCCGCCCAAGGUCCGGCCCCCUCCAGCUGAGGAGGCGGCCACUUGUGUUAAGGCCCCGCCCCGUCCGUUCAAGGAGGGGGCUCUUGAAGUUGUGGCCACGCCCUCAUCCGCUGAUGGCCACGCCCCCUCAGAGGACAUCCUCUCCCAGGCUGCCAGACUUCUGCAGGCUGCGGAAGACUCCGACGGCAGCGAGUUCCAGGACGACCCUAUACUGCAGGUGCUAAGGGUUCAAAGGGCGGAGCUGCGGCGGCAGAAAAGGAAAGUGGAUGCCCAGAUAUCCCGCCUGCUGGGCCACACUGAAGACCCAGAGUCUUGGUCUCCCCCAGCCAGGUCGCCUCCCGGGUCCCCAAGGAUGCGGCUGAGGAGGGAAGGAGCCUCUCUUGAGGCCAGACGACUUUGAAUUGUACAGAUUCUAUUUUUCCUAAUAAAUGU